AUGUAUGUGUAAGUAUAUAAGAGAAACCUAUUUAAGAAAAAUGAAAGACAUUUGUUGAUGAAUUGCAGAACGAUGAGGGCUUUGGUUUUUUUUCUCGGUACUCUAACUAUUUUCUAUUUCGGUGUAGCAGCCGAAAGAUUUAGCAUACCUGCAGAACUUUUAAACCAAUAUUUAAAUAUGUCCAAAAAUGAGUUGUACCAAAAAUGCGAAGAAAGAAAUAUGCAUUGCAGAACUGUUAUAGGACUUGAAACAUUGGAGGUGAUAGAACAGAAAAAUGGAGAAAAAUUUAUAGAAUUAUUAGUAAACAGAUCAAGGGAAGAUCCUCCUCUGAAUGAAAAAUUGUGGCAAAAAGCAAUGGAUCGACAUUGUCAUCGGGAUAUUGUAUUACAAACAAUGUUGGAUAUUGGUUUCGAAUAUAUUUUUCAAUGUGUUCCAGAAGUAAUUGCAAACAAUAAGCAGGGACUUGAGAGUCUGAGAAGAGAAUAUCUACCAAUCUAUUGUGAUCGCAUAGAACGAAUAGCUAAACAGAAAAUAACAAGGUGGGAACAUUAGACGAUUUAUUAUGAUCAAAAACACAAAAAUUGUAUUACUUGAAUGAAAUAAAAAAAUGUUUUAAAAAUAA